AUCUAAAAAUUAGAGUUAAUCUUAAUCUAAUGGAAGCUGGGAAUUAUCUUUUGAGAGCCCUGAAACCUUCCCAUUUCAGUCUCUCUAACUCCCUACGUUUUUCUUCUGGAGGAAGAUCGGUUGAAAGAGCUUAUGAUGCAUUGCUGUUGGAUGCUGGAGGUACCCUUUUGCAAUUGGCAAAGCCUGUCGCAGACCUUUAUUCUUCAAUUGGUAGAAAAUACGGUCUGACUGCCACUUCAGCCGAAAUAAAGAAGGGAUUUAAGAGAGCUUUUGCUGCUCCGUGGCCUGAGAAACUCCGUUACCAGGGUGACGGAAGGCCAUUUUGGAGACUUGUUGUUUCUGAAGCAACUGGUUGUGCCAACAAUGAUUAUUUUGAAGAAGUCUAUGAGUAUUAUGCAAAAGCUGAAGCAUGGCAUCUUCCAGAUGGAGCUUACCAGACAAUUUUCCUCCUCAAAGAAUCUGGAGUUAAGGUGGCUGUUGUGUCCAAUUUUGACACCCGGCUAAGGAAGCUACUGAAAGACCUCAAUGUUAUAGAUCUAUUUGAUGCCAUAGUUAUAUCUUCAGAGGUUGGAUAUGAAAAACCAGAUCCAAGGAUAUUUCAAGCUGCUUUAGAUGAAAUGAGUAUAGAUGCUAGCAAGGCUAUUCAUAUUGGAGAUGAUGAAAAAGCAGAUAAGGAGGGGGCGAAUGUUGUUGGGAUUGAUUGCUGGUUGUGGGGAACAGAUGUGAAGACAUUUUCAGAUAUACAAAACCGCAUCAUCAUCUCAGAAUCAUAAGUGCCAGAAGAUUGUCAGUCAUCCUUGAUACCUCCUCCUUUGUAGUACUUCAAUGUAGUCAGAUAUUGGAUUAGGUUUGAUAAAAU